AACACAGGCACACACAACCGGAGAUAGAUAGGAGCCGAGAAGACCUCUCGAUGCAUUGCGUCACGCGGAGCGCCAUCCUAUAGGCUGUAGCAGCGGUGGUCCCCGUGCCUCCUCUCCUCCGUCAGAGGAUUCGCGAGUCGUUGCUCCGACCUAUUGCGAUGAACCACUUCCAACGUCAUGUUCAGAGCGAUGACACACAAAGUGUAGUGGGCUACGGUACUGUGUAUUGCGCUCUACGGCAACGCCGCGCCGAGGCUCGGAUCAGGAAGUGAAUUUCAAGAAAACAGAAAAUCAGGAGGUAGAAUGACAUAGGGGAGAGGUGGAAUAGAUCAAGCUAGAAGGCACAAACCAACAGACGGAGGGAUCGACCCAAUCCUGGAUCCUCUUUUCGGUUAUUCGGGGACGUAUUGGACGGCAACAUGCUUAUAAAGGAAUUCCGAGUAAUCCUGCCUAUCUCUGUCGAGGAGUACCAGGUGGGCCAGCUGUACUCGGUGGCCGAGGCCAGUAAGAAUGAGACGGGUGGAGGGGAGGGGGUGGAGGUCCUGAAGAAUGAACCCUACGAAAAGGACGGAGAGAAGGGACAGUACACGCACAAAAUCUAUCACUUGCAGAGUAAAGUGCCCUCGUUUGUCCGAAUGCUGGCCCCAGCAUCAGCUCUGAAUAUCCAUGAGAAAGCCUGGAAUGCCUACCCAUACUGCCGUACAGUUAUCACUAACGAGUACAUGAAAGAUAACUUCCUGAUCAAGAUCGAAACGUGGCACAAACCGGACAUGGGCCAUCAGGAAAAUGUGCACGCUCUUGAUGCUGAUACCUGGAAAAAGGUGGAUGUUGUGUACAUCGACAUCGCAGACAGGACCCAAGUAGAGCCCAAGGACUACAAGCCAGAGGAGGACCCCUCCAAGUACAAAUCAGUGAAGACCAGCAGGGGGCCACUGGGGCCUGACUGGAAGAAAGAGCUUCCCAAAAAGACAGACUGCCCACACAUGUGUGCCUAUAAACUGGUCACAGUCAAGUUCAAGUGGUGGGGUCUGCAGAAUAAGGUGGAGAACUUCAUCCAAAAGCAAGAGAAGCGUUUGUUCACUAAUUUCCACCGCCAGCUGUUCUGCUGGAUCGACCGGUGGAUUGAACUCAAUAUGGAGGACAUCCGUCGCAUGGAGGAGGAGACACGCAAAGAACUAGACGAGAUGAGAGUGAAGGAUCCAGUGAAGGGCAUGGUGGCUCUAGAAGAUUGAGUGUGUGAAGGACUGUGACUGCUGUGUUUUCUCAGAACAGACCGGUAAUCCCAGACACCAGUGGAUUCACAUUCCCCUCCCGCUCCAACUUACCCCAGAUCUGUCCCGACCAAUGAGAUGACCCCAGAUCGGUCACCACCGAUGAGAUGACCCAAGAUCUGUCUCAAUUUGUCCUGACCAAUAAGCUGAGCCCAGAUCUCUCCCGACGAAUCCACCGCUCCGAUCCAAUCGUACAGUACGGAUGUUCAGAGACCCGGGUAAAACCGGAAUAUACCUGCUCCCCACUGCCCCCCUUCACACCCGCACACACAUACACACACAUUAACCCACACUCUUACACUCCCAAACACACACACACACACAUACACACACAUAUACACACAUUAUCGUACACACAAUAUUGCACACACACACGGACGCACACUCACAAACACACACACACACACAUCCUUUGCCAGCCCUGCCAUCCAGGAUAAUUCAGUAGCAACACACUCAUAGUCCCUGUAAGAUGUCAAUCAUCCCUCUCUCUCUGUCUCUCUCUUAAGUCCUCUCUCCAAACCUCCCCCCUCCCUCUAGCCCUCUAUCCAAACCAUUCUUAAGAACAGAGAAUAGUAAAAAAGUGUCUCGGAAAUUUGGGAUUAGUUUCUAUCUAAAAUAUUUCAAUAUCGCACAGGUGUGUGUAGUGGGAAACUGAGUCAUCGUGUUGAGAUACACAUACAGGGUUUUUAAAAGAUGAUUUUGUCUGUACGUUUUUCUGUUGACGUUUGAUUUGGUUCUAAGCUGUUUCAGCCUUUCUUUGUGUUCUGACUUGUUUUGUUUCUUUGUUUGUUUCUUGAUUUUUCAUAAAUCCUGUUACAAUUCCUGUUCUCCUCAACUUGCUAUGUGUGGGAUUUCAUUUUUUUUUUUAUUUGCUCAAAUGAAGAUUUACUUUUACAAAUGAAGAUUGUACAUUUGAGAUAGAUUUAUCGAUUGAUUGAUUGAUUGAUUGAUUGAUUGAUUGAUUGAUUGAUUGAUUGAUUGAUUGAUUGAUUGAUUGAUUGAUUGAUGGAUUGACCAAUCAGAGAAUAUCCUAGUUUGACGAGUACAUUUUCAUUGGCUAAGAAGUUUUUCCGGGUAAAGAGUUGAGGCCGCAUGGUGCAGAUGCUUUGUGAACACACUGUAUGGACUACCUGGUGCAGUGUUCUUCUUGGUACAUAUUAUAGGUAACAGAGCAGAAACUCAACAUUACAACUGAACCUGGAUUCCCCUCUAGUAACCAUUAAAUGUCAAAGUGAAUUGUCAUUGUUUGCAGGUGGUGUAUUUGUAUUAUUAUAAUAAGAAACGUAUGUGUUUAUUUAAAGCUAGUGUGAGUGUGUGUGUGUGUGUGUGUGUGUGUGUGCAUGUAUGUGCGCGCGUCUACACGUGUGUCUGUGUGCGUGUGUGUGUGUGUGUGGUGUGUACGUCUCAGUGUGUAUGCAUCUGUGUGUCUGGUGGAAUAGAGAUUGUUCUUUUUGUUUGUUAAACAAUAGACCAUUUGAAAUUAAUUAAGUAUGCAGGAAAAAAAUCCAAAUCCAUAAAAAAAACGAUGGUACCCACAAUUUAUUGUGACUAGAUUAUCAUAUUUACAAUUAAAUGUUAAAUUACAAAUUACAAAAUUGCUUUCUCCUUUUAUGAAAACAUACGGAGCAUAACGGACUCACUUAUCACUCAGAUUGAGAUAAAAGGUGUCGGCCAUCUUGCAUUGUGGUAUAUGGGGGCAUAUUGACACGCUUUAUAAAUAACAUGCCCUCCCUCCACCUACUCAUCAUCACUGGAUGAACAUUCUCGUCCAACUAUAGCAAUAAUCAGCACGUCCUUUCCGUUAUUUCUGUAAAUACGCUGAGCUUCUUCACUCUUCUUCCUCCUUGAUUCAAUUUGUAAAGUAAAAAAUAGAGGAUCUAUAGGUUCCGGAGAAUAUUUCCAAGUAUCAAUAAUCAGCUACGGCUCUAUGAUCAAUACAUGGAGGUAUGGCAGGCGGUAUCUCCUGUCGAGAGUUGGACUGAGCUGUUUGUCAUGUUGGUGUGUGGUGUGUCAGCUUAUGCAUGAAUGUACAGGUGUGUGGUAGUACCGUGUUGAGGGUUUGAUGAUCAGACGAUGCCUAACUAUUAUGAAGGAGAACCACAGCUGUUUGAACGCUGUGGGCGUUAGCCACACAGGCUGACGAGGCUCACACAAUCGAUCACUCUCCCCAUGUUAUGUUAACAAAUUGGUUACCUUUUGAGAGAGAGAGCGCUACAUUUUAUUGAUAAGGUUUUGUGAUCAGGUGUUGGUGGGGCUGAGUUCAUCGGGGAGAGCAAUGCAUCAUGGGCGAUAUCCCAGGUCCCUGUAGAUGCCUCUGAUUGGGGGAGUGUGUUGUUCUAGUAACCAUGAGAUCUACUAUUCCAGCCGUCCCUCUUACUCAAUCUUCAUCGUUUCAGGCCACUGCUUUUAGCUAUUUGAACUCCUUCCAUGGGAUAGUUAUAGGCUGACUUACUAUCACUUGCUUUUUCUAUCAUUCUUAUUUUUUUCAUCCAACCAAUCACGUUGGAGACCGGUGUUAUCAUGUUUAUAACCCUCCAACCCCCAAAACCCAACAACCCACCAUCUGAUCUUCACCUCUUUAUCCAGCCGUCUCUCUCU